CUCGGAAGAUGCUGUAAAGUUUCGUGGAAGCUAAGUCACGCAUUGAAAAAGUGCGAGUGGUCUAUAUAAACAGUUCUACAGCCAAGGUAUUUCUGUGCUCACUUCGGCGUCAGCAGGAAGAACGCGUAAUCCGGAGCUCCGUGAACCAGUAAAGUUUCGCAGCUCAUUAUGGAGGAUGAGCUGUCUCAGAAUUCCGAAACAGAAUCAAUGUCGACGCUACGAAGAGGCGAAUAUGGAGAUCCUAAGACAGUUUAUAGCACGACAGACUCUGACAAUUACAGAAAUCAUUCCGUUUCAUCAUUACAAUCAGUUGCGAUUGAGGUAGAACCCCUUUCACAACAAUUGCAGAUUGGCAUGCCUGUCGCUCCUCCCCUCUCAGAAGGAAAGAAAUAUCACGUCUUCUUUUCUUAUGAAAUUACUGACCGAAAGUGGGUGGAACAGAUUACCAACAAAUUGGAGUCACCAGACUUUGGCUUCAAAUGCAGCGUCCACGAGAGAGAUUUUCAUGGGGGCAAGCGUAUCAUUGAAAACAUCACUGAACACAUCCGUCUGUCGGAGAAGACGGUGUUGGUGCUGUCUCCCGACUUCCUACAGAGUCACUGGUGCAUGUUUGAGAUUGAGAUGGGGAUGAUCCUGGGUAUGGAGGAGAGCCAGCUGCUGGUGGUGCCUGUGAUGGUGAAGCAGUGCCCUGUACCUGACAGUAUCAAGACCCUCACCUACAUCGACGCAACUCCUGGCAAUGACUGGUGGCAGAGGUUCAUUGGGGCCAUAGUUUCUAGAGACGAUCUCCUCAGCAACUACACUGGCACCAGAGACGUGACGGUCCGGCCUAGAUAUGGUAAUAUGGAAAAGUUGACCGAAAUUGUCUCCAGCUACAAAUGUCCAUCAGGAGAAGUUAUAAGGGCACCGUAUGUUCCCGAAGCUUUGCUGAGACCAGGAAUACAGAUACCCCCGGAAGAGUUUGACAAGUCAUUUGACUUGAUCCGCUCCGUAACCUGCUUCUGCAAACAUCUCUAUGACUUUGGACCUUGCUGUGUACCCAUUCUUGUACUGCUACUUUUUACAGGCUUUGUUGCUAUGCCAGUUCUGACAAUAAUUCUAUUAAGCCGUAUUCCUUUUCACCCACAUGUUCCUAUCAUUACUACCGCUUUUACACUACCUUGGAUGGCCUUCACGGCAGGGUUUUUCAUUCAGCGACUGAUGAGGAAAAGAAGGAUGCGGAAAGCACUGACUGAAGCCAACACAAUAUUUCUGAAAUACAACAUCAUCGUGGGAUUCAACAUGCAGAUGUCUGGGUGUGUUACAUCCAGGACGUUUCUCGAGUUCUGGUUUUACAAUCCAACUGAUUGCAAGAAUUCCUUGGCGGCGUUUCUGGAAGGUAAACACGUCGGAAUGAAUGCACAUGCCUCACAGGUAUAUGCAUCUCAGCUGAUUCACCACCACAGCGUGGGUUACACGUCCGCCUACCAGGAAGGUCAACUGAAGGUCAAACAUGGCGUCAGACACGUCCGUAACGCUGCUUGUCUGUGUCAGUACAUUGAGGAGAAGUACUGUGAGGGUCGUAUAGCUCCACUUGAUGUUGUUUGAGGAGAAGUACUACGAGGUCUGAUACCUCCACGUUUGGUUAUUUGAUUGUCUGUACAUUAAAGAGAUUAGGAGAAGUACUGUGGGGGUCGGAUACCUCCACUUGAUGUUGUUUGAUUGUCUGUACAUUGAGGAGAAGUACUGUGGGGGUCGGAUACCUCCGCUUGAUGUUGUUUGAUUUUCUGUACAUAGCGGAGAAGUACUU